AUGACGACCCAGUCCGCUUUACCAUCAUCAACUGAGACCCUACCAUCAUACGAGAUUGUCAACUUUUCGUAUGGUGCUGGCACUGAAGCUGAAUUGACCAUACUGUGUUAUGGGAAGAGAUUCCACAUUACCGUGUCUGCCAAUAAUCUUAAGGGCGAUUCGAAUGCCACCAAAGAAUACCUGUCUCUACUAGAGAAGCUAAAUUCAGGCGAGCCACAUGAUCGAAUCGAUGAUGAAGGCGACCCUAUGGAGGAACUCUGCUUCUGGAUAGCCUUCCGCUGUAACCCCCACAUGCGAGCCUUGACCUCCAAGCGACCACAGCGAAUGCAAACUCUCCACGAUUGGUUUCAUCCCGACACCCUUGUUCUCACUCCCAAAGACGCCCCUGAUGGGAUCCUGCAUGUAUACUCCUCAACACCGAGCCCGCAGCUCCUGCAAGAAUUGACGCCGAGCGUAGAGUUAUCUGGUUCCAUCGUCAAACACGGAAUCCCAGUUGUUCCACCUUCGAAAAUCCUUUUGCCACAAAAUACCGCUAAAGACUUCUGGCCUCAGCGACCAGCCAAGGUCUUCACUGAAUCCGGCAUGGCACGGUUUUUCAAACCCGCUCAUUUAGAUGAACAUGCAGAUCGAGAGAUACAAACAUUGCUUCGCCUUCAAGAACUUGGUUUAACGGAGACGAUUCGCGCGCCUAGGCUUCUUGAAAUCGUGGAAGCUCAAGAGGGCUCUUCGCGUAUAUCAGGAAUUUUGUUAGAGUAUAUUGAGCAUCGCGACAGCUUGGGCUAUGUGGAUGUUCUAAAUACCCCUUUAUCAACUCGCAUGAAAUGGGCCAAUCAGGUCCAAGAGAUGAUUACGGUAUUGCAUGCAGCAGGAAUUGUCUGGGGCGAUGCCAAGCCGGACAACAUCCUGGUUGAUGCUGAUGAGAACCUGUGGAUUAUCGAUUUUGGAGGGGGUUAUACACAUGGCUGGGUUGAGAAAGAAAACGAGGAAAGCGUCGAAGGGGACAUGCAAGCGCUCUCGAGGAUAGCCGAUUUCCUCUUGGUCACAAAGUCAGAAUGA